AUGAACUUGGUUGUUCUCAGGCUUCUCUCUGGAUUUACGUUAAUUUGUGUCAGCUGGCUCCGUACAUGGGCGUUAAAAUUUUAUUGUGUAACAUAUGUACUUUGUACCACUGUAAUUGUUUGUUAAUCGUAGGAAAGUAAAAGCAACACAAACCUCGUCCUGGCUAAUAUAUUCACGACGUGGUUUAGGACAGUAAAGAUAGGUUGUUCUAAUAUGAUUCAAAAAGGACCUCGUCCGUUAGUAUUAUGCGGUCCUUCGGGCAGCGGAAAGAGCACUUUCAUAAAACGAAUGUUUGAAGAGUUUCCUGACACUUUCAAAUUUUCGGUGUCUCACACAACCAGAGCUCCCAGACCUGGUGAAGAGGACGGGAAACAUUAUCAUUUCACGAAUAAAGAGAAAAUGCAGGAACAAAUAAAAAAUGGCGAAUUUAUCGAAAAUGCUACGUACAGCGGGAAUUUGUACGGGACGAGCAAACAAGCGGUUGAAGAAGUGCAGAAAUUAGGAAAAAUAUGUGUAUUAGACAUUGAUGUGCAAGGUGUCGAGCAAAUAAAAUCCACCCAUCUUAAGCCUCUUUAUAUCUUCAUAAAACCACCAUCUCUGGCGGAGUUAGAACGUCGAUUAAAGGAAAGAAAGACAGAAACUGCGGAAUCGCUGGAACGUAGAUUAACAAUUGCCAAAACUGAACUAGAAUAUGGUGAAACACCGGGUAAUUUUGACAUUGUCAUAGAAAAUGACAAUUUUGAGAAGGCAUAUGAGAUUUUACGAAACUUUAUUACAGCUAAUUAUAAUCUACAAGCUGAAACAAGAAGCUAGCAGAUCGUUGGUUUCCUCGUGCUAUUACUUGGUAUAUUCUCUCUUCUGGGUAUUGUAUGUUUAACACGACAAAAAGCAUAAUAUUAUAUUUUUUAAUGAAAUGGUUGCUGACUAUUGUUACAAAUAUAUUUACCGACUAUGUGAACACGUAGAGAGCGUCAGGGUCAGUUCCUAGGAACUGCAAAACAGCUUUUACUUUUUUUUUAAUUGCAGGCUAGAGAAUCAUUAAACAAAAUAGAAUUAUUAUUUAUACUUAUUAGGAUUAUUAUGUAUGUUAUAUUAGAAUUGUCUAUAAAAAUGAUAAUUUAAUGCUUUUAAUACUUUGCAUUUUUGCGAUAACACGCAUUUUUUUUAGUUCUUUUUGAUGAAUAUCACGAAAACAAAAUAGAACGAUUUUUUGUGAGCAUUUUCCAAAACAAUUUCUACUGGCUUUCUCAACGUGUAUGCAUAUACGUAUAUAGUACCGCGCGCGUGUAACUAUAAAUGACAUAAUGCGAAGCGCAUUAUAUCACGUUUGCAUAAUGUUAAUUGUGAAGGUUUUUACUAUUUUGAUAUACUAAUGAUAAAAAUUUACAACAGUCGCAUGUGUGUUCUAUCAAAUCUAAUGUGGUGUUUCAGUGAAACAACACUUAUUUUUAUGACUCACUGAGACAGAUAAGCAUUAACAAAUUAACAAACUGAUUAAAUAGAAAGAUCCAUUCUCUCGCGAAAAGUGCGAGAAAGAUUUCUUAUAUAUAUAUAUAAAAAAAAAACCAAAAAAAAAA